GGAAAAAAACAAGCACUCCUUCAGUCUCUCCGCUGAUCUGUGAAUGAGGAAGAUGGAGAAUUUAAUAUCAAUAAACUGCGUUCAGCUUCUCAUUACAGCGCUAUUUUACACAUGUAUAUCGUGCAGUUCAGUAGAACAGAAGAUCUACGUCGAACUCAAUAAAACUGCCCCGUGUGUCCGGCUGCUGAACGCCACGCAUCAGAUCGGCUGCCAGUCCUCUAUAUCAGGAGAUACGGGCGUUGUUCAUGUGCUGGAGAGCGAAUCAGACCUGGACUGGAUCCUCAGCGCUGGUCCUCAUCCACCCUACAUGGUCAUCAUGGAAACCGCCUUCUUCAAUAGAUCUGUCAUGUUGAGCAUGAAGAACUCCGGUGUGUAUUCUGCGGGUAGCGAGUUUGCGAACUGUAACGGGACCGUCUGGAAUCCUCUGGGAAACGGGUUAUCCUAUGAAGACUUCACUUUCCCUGUGUUUGCUCUGAAAGACGAGAAUCAGACGCAGGUCAUACGGAAGUGUUAUGAGGAUCAUAAUCUGCGUGUGAACGGCAGCGCUCCUCAUUAUCCGCUGUGUGCCAUGCAGCUCUUCUCACACAUGCACGCAGUGACCGACACCGUCACCUGCAUGAGGCGCACAGACCUGCAGAACAAAUUCAGCAUCAACCCAGUGUCAGAGAUGAUCAGGGCUGUAAACUCCAGCGCUGCGGGUCUGAACAUUAAUCUGCAGGAGCCGUCGGUCAGUCAGCCGCUGCCGCCUUCAUCCUUCCAGCGAUUUCUGAGAGUCCGGCCGAUCCCAGGCCUGGUGCUUACCGACCACGAGAAGGCCUUCAACAACAGGUCUCAGAACUCUCUGGCUGAAGUGGCCACGCUAGUCGCUCGCUCGCUCUACACACAAGCUGGAGGAGAGCAGAACAAUCUCAGCAACAUCACUGCUGAUGCCACUAUGGUCUCUCAGCUGCUGUAUGGUUUUCUGGUGCAGAAGAAUAACAGCUGGUUUCGCUCUCUGCUUCCUCCUGAAAUCACUAAAAAAGGAGGCAGCAGCAUUUUGAGUUCUGGUCCUCCUCAGUUCUACAUUGGUCUGGGUCCGCGGCUGCAGAGUCCUGUUCACAGCGUGACGCUCUUUGUUCAGUACAUUCUGGCCAAUCUGACGGGCAACGUCACCAACCUGACCGAGAGCCAGUGCCAAAACCCCAAAGAGCUGAGCGGCGAGAACAAAGACCUGUACUCGUAUUUCUGGGUGUCUGGUCCAUCGUCGGCCAGCAGUGAGCAUCUGUGCAUCUGUGCGUGUGUGUGUGCGUGUGUGUGUGCGUGUGUGUGUGUGUGUGUGUGUGUUGUAUGUAUGUAUGUGUGUGUGUUUGCGCGCAUGUAUGUGU